CUCUCUCCGUGGCGCAGCAGGAAAUAGAGCUCACACUGCAGACGAGUUAAAUUUAUAUAAAUUGAAGUUUAGUGUUUAGUUUCUUUUAAUUCAUUGUAAUACUCAGAUAUUCACCUGAAAUAAUUUAGACAUCAAUUCUUAACCAAGCACAGAUGAUUCAUGCCUGUUUAAAAUGGCAUCUGCAGGUGAUCAAUCUGGUGCUGAUGUCAGACCUCUGCAUCGCAGCAGCAGCUUUGAAUUCAUACCACCAGCCUAUUAAAUGGAUCAGCUGUUGAUCACCAGCUGAAUGUGUCCAGUUGUUUAAACCAAAGCGACAAGAUGGCAGCUGUAGAGCUUGACAUGCAUCCUGUGAAACGAAGAAACAGCAACGAAUUAAUACGACCAAAGAUGUCUGAGCUGAGAGUUCUUCUACUCGGGAGCAGCUGGACCCAGAGGAAUUCAGUUGGAAACCUCAUAUUACAAACAGAGGCUUUUAGCACAUCCCAUCACUCCAGUCUGAGAAUUAGUGGAAUAGUGGAAAACACAAAAAUAAUUGUCACCAACACUCCAGACUUAAAGUCUGUGGAGGAAAUCACAAAGUUUAUUACAAACUGUGCUGAACUCUCUGCUCCUGGACCUCAUGUGUUUCUGUUGGUUCUUCAGCCUGAAGAUUUCACUGACAGAGAAAAAAAUAUGAUGUGCAAAGUCCUUGAAACCUUCAGUGAUCAGUCAUUUAAUCACGCACUGAUACUGAUUAUGAAGCAGAAUUUUGUGCAGAAAUUAACAGGUGUGAAGGACAAAUUCACAAAAGGCCCUCAAUUAAAAGACCUAAAAAAAAAAUGUAAAUACAGAUACUUAAAUGGUGAGGGCACUGAACAUCCAGAGCUACUGACUCGUUUUUAUCAAAUUGUAAAAGAGAACAAUGGAGAACAUGUGAGCUACAAAGAGUCUGAAGAAGCAGCAGCCAGCUUUGUAGACUAUGAGCAAGUUGAUCUUCCUGCUGGGACACAUCAUGCUUCUGGUUUUAGGAUUGUAAUAUUGGGGAAAAGUGAGGAAAACAAGACAAAGCUUCAAAACUUAAUAACUGGAAUGAAGGAUUUUCAUCCUCAAAAAUUUCCCCAAACCAGAAACAGUGUGGCCUCCAGUGGAGAGUGGAACAGAAAACCAAUAACAGUGGUAAAAACUCCUGACAUGUUCAGUCUGACUGAGGAGAAAAUCCAGAGUGAAGUGAAGAAAUGUGUGAGUCUCUGUGAUCCUGGACCAAAUGUUCUGCUGCUGCUGGUGAAAAAUUCAGACUUCAGUGAAAACAACAGAGAAACUCUGAAAUUCAUCCUGAGUUUGUUUGGUCGAGAUGCCUUCAGACAUUCAAUGAUCAUUUUAACAAACAGUGAAAACAGUUCCUCUGUCAGUGACCUGAUCAGGCUGGUUCAGGGAAGAUCCUACAACAUGAAUACUAAUGACCGCAGUUCGUUAAUGACGCAGAUUGAGACGAUCAUAGAUCAGAACAAAGGAACAUAUCUGACCUUCAGAGAAGAAACCAGCAGAUCCCAACAAGAACAGAUGAAAACUCAUCUGAACCUGGUUCUGUUUGGUCCAAGUGAACCACUGAAGACGGCAGCAGCCAAGGUCAUUCUAGGUCACAAGGAUCUUCCUUCAGAGUGUGUUAGAAAGCAGGGAGAGGUGUUUGGACGUGGGGUUUCUCUGGUGGAGCUGCCUGCGCUGUAUGGAAAAGCUGAGCAGGAAGUGAUGGAGGAAUCCUUCAGGUGUGUCUCCCUCUGUGAUCCUGAGGGUGUCCACGCCUUCAUCCUGGUCCUACCUGUGGGUCCCCUCACUGAUGAAGACAAGGGAGAGUUACACACCAUCCAGGACACAUUCAGCUCUAGAGUCAACGACUUCACCAUCAUCCUCUUCACUACAGAGACUGAUGCUGAACAUCCAGAUGUUGAUAACUUUAUAAAGGAGGACAAGGACAUCCAGCAUCUCCUCCAGAUCUGUGGAGGAAAAUAUUUUGUUGUCAACAUCACAGAUCAAAAAGGGUCAUCCAAGAUCUUUGAUUAUCUACAAGAAAUAAAUGUAAACACUUGUUGCUAUUCAACUGAAACAUUCAGGCAUGCCCAAACUGAUAGGAUCAUUGAACUAAAGGCCAAACUCCAAAACUCUAAAGUGAAAGAGGUUUCCAGCUGUAAUGAAGAGAACCCGAGCUCAGACUGUCUCCGGAUCGUUCUGAUGGGAAAGACUGGAAAUGGAAAGAGUUCAUCAGGAAACACCAUCCUGGGAAGAAAAGAGUUUAAAGCUGAAUCAAGUCAAACAUCAGUGACUGGACACUGCCAGAAAGCCCAGAGUGAAGUGAACGGUCACCCUGUGGUUGUUGUUGACACUCCUGGACUGUUUGACACGUCUUUGUCCCCUGAGCAGGUCAAUGAUGAGUUAUCAAAAUGUAUCAGUCUGGUGGCUCCUGGUCCACACGUUUUCCUGCUGGUGUUGCAGAUCGGCAGAUUCACAGAGGAGGAAGAGGAAACUUUAAAGCUCAUCAAGAAAAUUUUUGGGAAAAGUUCAGAAAAAUUCACCAUCAUUCUUUUUACUAGAGGAGAUAAUCUGGAAAAUGACAAUAUAUCCAUUGACAAGUAUAUUGAAAACAAAUGUAAAAAAUCAUGUAAAAAACUGAUAGCUGAUUGUGGAGAGAGAUAUCAUGUGUUUAAUAACCGUGUCAAUCAGAAUAACACCCAAGUUACUGAAUUAAUAACUAAGAUCCAAACAAUGGUGAAGGAAAACAGUGGAAGCUUCUACACCAGUGACAUGCUGCAGGAAGCGGAAACAGCCAUUAAGAAAGAAAUGGAGAAAAUUCUUAAAGACAAGGAAGAUGAGAUGGAGGAGCUUAGAAGAAAACAUCAGGAGGAAAUCAAUCUAAUGAUGGAGACAAUACAGAAAACUGACAAGGAAAAAGAGCAAAGAGAGAAAGAACUGAAAUAUCUGCAGGAAAAUAUUAACAGAGAACAUCAAAAGAGAAAGAAAGAAAAAGAAGACAGGGAAAAAGAAGACAAGGGGAAAGAACAAGAAGAAGUGAUGAAAAAGAAAGAAAUGGAGCAAAAAAUCCAAGAAUUGGAGAAAAGGCUUCAAACAGAGUCAAAUGUAAAGGAAAUAAUUAAAAAAGACUUGGAUAAAAGCAGAGAAGAGAUGAGACAGGAGCAAGAAACAUGGGAGAAGGAAAGAAAUGAGUUAAAAGACAAAAGAAAACAAGAAGAUGAAAAGAAUGAGGCGAACAUUGAGAAACUGAAGAAAGAAUAUGAGCAGAAGAGAGAAAUUUCUGAACAGCAAGCAAAAGAAGAAGAUAGAAUCAGAAAAGAGCGAGAGGAGGAGUGGAAAAGGUCUGAGGAGGAAUAUAAGAAAAAAAUUGAAACACUGGAAGAGAAGGCAAGAGCACAAGCUGAAGAGUCAAACGAAUUCAGACAGAAAAAAGAGAGAGACUUUGCAGCUCUGAUAGAGGAUCAUAUGGUUGAAGUAAAACUUCUGAAGGAAGACCUGCAGGAGAAGAAAGAUGAAUACGAAAGAUUUAAGGAUCUGUCAGAACACAAAGAAACUGGUCUGAAGCAGAAAAUGGAUGAAUUGCAGAACAAACAUAAACAAGAAAUGGCUGAUUUAGUUCUGGGGCUUCUGACUGAAAAGAAAGAAAACAAGGAAAAAAUACAAAUGAUGGAGAAAAAGCAGAAAAAAGAGGUGGAGAAACUCACCCAACAGCUUUCAGAUGAUAAUAGAAGAGAAGAGAAAGAACAAAUUGAAACUCUAAAGAAGAAACAGAAAAAAGAAAUUAAGGAUCUUAAAAAAACAAUGGAAAGAAAAAGGUUGACCAUAAAACAUGACCAAGAAAUUAAUGAGUUAAAACAGAAACUGUUGGACAAUCUUCAACAAAACUUGGCGGUUCAAGUGGAAAACCUUCAGAAACAACAUAAUAAAAAACUGGAAGACUUCAAGCAAAAGAUUCUGAAAGAAAACACAAAAAAUGUAGACAGAGAAAUAAAUAAAUUGCAACGGAAACAUGACCAGGAAAUGAAUGAGUUAAAACAACUUAUUCAAAGCCAGGAUGAAGGCAUGAACAGAGAAGAGUUAGAUGCUCUGCAGAAAAAUCAUGAAAGAGAAAUAAAUGAGCUGAAAGGAAAACUUUUGUAUCCACAGCAGCAACAGUCCUGCUGGAUUUCAUGAACAAUCUGGUGUCAUUCAGACUAGAUGUUACGUUAUGGAGCCGCGGAGGAAAGGAGAGCUCCACGUUUCUCAUCUGUCUUCAACAAAUUGGGUCAAGACCAGUUUUAGACUCAAAAACGCUUUUGUCAAAAUGACAGAAGCUAUUCAGCUUUUAUUAACUUUACCUUUUCCUGUCACCCGCACACAACAAACUUGAGAUGAAUUAAAAACAAAGGUCAGAGUGCAGAUCCAUCCCACAGUCUCAGAAAAAUACAAUGUUUGGUUUUCCAUUCAUUUUUGCAUUUUAUGGUGUAAAUAAAGCAAUCUCCUGAAACAUUUAUCAAAGAUAAAUAUUCUGUCUUGGUCUCAGGGAAAAAAAGGCUUUGACUCCUGGACCACCGUGUGCCUAAAUAUACUGAAUAGAUUCAAAUAUUUCAAACAUCAAGUUUUCUAGGAUUGUUUUUGGAAGUAAAGGAAUUAUCUCCGUAUUUUUACUGAGUUAACUAAAGUCUAACUUUUACAUAGCAUAAAUGCUUAUGACUGAACUAGUAAGUCAACAUGGUGGUGAAAAAAGUGUCCAUACUCCUGAUAAAGGCUGGUUUUUAGAUUAGUCUGUCAUGAAUCAUCCUAUGAUUGAAAAACAAACUAAUUGGUAAAAAUGCUUUCAGAUGCUACCACUGAACUCUAGACCAGAUGCUACCACUGAACUCUAGACCAGAUGCUACCACUGAACUCUAGACCAGAUGCUACCACUGAACUCUAGACCAGUGAUACCACUGAUACAGUUUUCUGGUAUAUGAUCGCCUCCUCUUGACUCCUUCAAACAUACUUCUUGUUUCUGUGGUUUGAGUCUUGGUGGCUCCUGAACAGCUUUUUCAAAGAUUACAUAUUCCAUCUGAGGCAUCAGUUACAUUAGUUCAAUAACCUGUUCUAUUGUGGAAACUGAUGAUCAUGUAUAACGGAUAGUAGACUAAAGUAAAUUAAGAAUUUUCUAAAUUAAGUAUGACAGAUUGUUUAUGGAUGUUUGUCUGUUUUGAUUAGUAUUUUUGUUGUUUGUUUUGUUUGGUAUUUGCACUUUGUAAUGUUUUGGGGUUUUUUUGUUGUACCUCUUGGGCUGCCGUAACUAAUGAGGGCAGGCCCUUUAAAAGCUGGUAGAAUUGUCGUGUCAAUCAAUGACUUGAACUGUCAAGCUGAGUAGCAUGAAGAAAUCAACACUUAGUGUUCCCCAGUGAAAGCAGCGAGGUACGUUUUGUUUUGUUGUUUGUAUUGUAAGUUUAUGUUUGUAUUUUAGUAUUUGUAUAUGUUUUAGUUUUCACGGUGACUGGUGACUGUGGUGAUUCUAAAUCACUCGAAGAAAAAUAAAAACGCUAAAUUCACCCGUCGAGACUUUCUGGUUAAUUCAACUGCUGGGGAGCUGCUACAUCAUGGAUGUUACUGCUGCUUACAAAUGACUCUGAAAAAGAUUUUCUUUGCAAAGUACAGUUGCAGAUUUUCUUAGUUUCUUGGGCUUUCCAUUUUUCUGAGUAUGCAUCAAUCAUCACAUGAACAAAGACAGUACUGGACUUUUGCAGGGUAACACUCCCUUUACUAUAGAUGGUAAUAAUGUAGAAGUGGUCAGCACAUACAAGUACCUGGGUUUACUUUGAGCUGACAGACAAACAUAACAUGAUAUACAGAAAAGAACAGAGCCUGAUGUAUUUUGUGAGGAAUCUUGCCUCUUUUUAUGUGAACUUUGAGAUACAGUAAUUUAUCGGAUGAUUGUGGCAAGUUUACCUUCUGUCAUGUUCCGGGGUCUUUUAGCUCCUUUGUGGAGUUUUGUUCCUGCACUCUUUUUCCUCCACCACUAGAUGGCGCCUUUACCAUCCGUCGGAGGGCGUGGAUGACGUCAUCCCACACCUGAUGCGGGUUUGGCUCAUCAGUGUGAGGUUCAAGAGGAGCUGACUGCCAGUCCUUCGGCGCCUGAGUGUUAGCCAGUCACGGUGUUUUCCUCCUGGCUCCUCUUCAUCCGCUGAUCCUGAGCCUACCUGUCCGCCCUCCAACGUACUCCCGUUGCCUCCUGGAUUCCCGCGGUCAGACAAGACUACCACCUGGAACCUCUGAGAACAAACCCCCGGACGCUGCAGUUACCCUCCCACUUCUCUAACCUGCCGAUCAAUGAACUGUUUGAUUCCCUGAACCAGCCUCUCUCCCUGGACCCGACCCGAGCCAACUAUUCCUGCCAGCAGUGUUUUUUCAAUAAAUUUAUCUUUAUUUCA